CUCUAUCAAACUUUCGGGUGACACAAAGCUUGGACCUGCCGCACAUCACGUCGAAAAUUUCAGACAGGCGAAACGGCUUUUUGUUUUCCUUGUACUGAGAAUUUCUGCUGCCCGCUCCACUCUUUAAUGGAAGCAAUCAAUGACUUGCUUGAGGACGCGCAACUACUGUCACUAAGAGAUGCCGGCCUUACUAUUGUCUCUAUUUUUGGCAAUUCCGGCUUCCGGUCUACGUCUGCUAAUGCUAACGGCAAGUUAACCAAUCUAAACGUAACAAUUGCGAAUCGCAUAGUCGGAACUGAAGUCUUUGUGCCGAACGGGCAGGCACCGCUGGAUAAUACGGUCGAGCUAUCGAAAGGGCUACAACUAUACGUGGAUCCAUCGUCUAAAACUGCUUACAUUUUUAUGGAUGCCAGCAUUGAUACCGCAUCGCUGGCAGAUAUAUUUCGCAAUCAAAACCAAAACGACACUGUCAAGAAUUCUAUGCAAUCGCUCUUAUCUAAACAACAAUCUACGACAAUGCGUGGACUUCUGCUGAUGUUCUUGGUUUCACACCUAGUUAUUCCCAUACUUCCACCACGACUAUUGCCGGCUGAUUUCAUGUCCGAGUUGGUCAACCUAGCGCAGGUGAAGAACGGAAUCUAUACGCAUUUAGCACAACUUCAGUCGGCAUGUUGGAAGUUUUGGGAGAUAUCUGUACCAAGUGCAUUAUUCGAACGCAGGGAGAUCGAGAAUAGACGUGAUCGUGAUAGACUCAAUUCAAAUCUAAUGGGGUGGUGGGGUCCUGCUAAAGGGGUGCCCAUGAUGAUCUUUAUUGCUGCUGAGGUGACCAUUCCCAAUGUGGAUAAAGUUACACGAUCAACAUUGCCCGUGGCAAUGAAACGCAUGCAGGAAGUGAUACAGGCCAGAAUCAAGAACAUUUUUCGAGCCUUUAAUUUCGUCCCGUCGGCUGAUAAUGGGAUUAGUCGCGAUCCAAUUGAAGUCAGAUCGCUGUUUACGCUUCCAACGACAUCACAACCGUUUGUACAUAUUAUUCCAGCUAACCCAUUUGCAACAACAUCAACGUUUAGCGAUGAGGUCAAAAGCGCCUCAACAUACGCAAACAGCUUCGAUAAACUCACAUCGAUAUCUGCAUGGCUCAAAGAAAAUGGUGACGACGAUGAAGACGAUUACAUUGCAGUAUCAGCUAAGAGCAAUCAAAUCGAUGUUGUAUCAGCUACCGCGAGACGUAAAGACACUCCUAAGCAACCUAUUGAAUCUGUUUUUGACGACUGUGGUAACAAAUUACUACGUAAUUUUGUCAAUCACUGGACCCGUGCUGCUACAACCCGACACCCUAUGCAUCUUCAAAUAGCUUCUUCAUCAGGCCCACGCAAAGGCAACAACGACUCCAAACACCACGCGUCAUCUAGCCCAUUACCCACGGGCCUCCAGUUUGCAUCAGCACUUGUUUUGCUUAAAAAGCUUUUGUUUUUUUCAAGAGAUGAUGGAGAAGAGAAUGAACAUGACUUUAGAAAGGAUGUGAUCGCACAGUCACCAGGUGCUAAAGGCAUGAUUCAACAAAUCGAAGUAGUUCUUCGAAAAAAGAUCCGAGAUACUAUCGAGAUUGAGCGCGUAUUUUCCAGAAGCCAUUCGCUGGAUAUCAUGCGCAAAUGCAUUGAAGCAUAUCUUCAAGAAUCUCCACCUUGCUAUACCAAGCAUUAUCAUCUCUGGAAGAGGGAUAGCGUUUUGCGGCUUUAUAGCUCUCUAGCACGAGGCCCAUGCGCUGCAGAGUUCGGUGCUCGCCUGGAACGUGAAUGCGAUCUCAUUUGGAAGCAAGGCCGGCAAAGCUGUGAAAGGGUUAGCUUGACCGGAAAAGUCUGUCGAUUAAAGGCUGGCCACGAAGAUAUGGAUCCUGAGAACGAAAAACAUGCCAGGGACAUGGACAGCUCUAAGCACAGCAGCGGAUGCAGUUUCUUCCAUGCAUGUGAUUGUGGCAAAACUCAAAAACUUCGUGAAGAUCCAUUCGAUUUGGAGGAAGCUAAUAUUAAGUUCUAUCAACGAUUUACAUGUUGCUUGAGUAACGGCCAUGCAGCUCUUAACUUGCAAGAUUCAACAUUUGGUGAAGCACAGGAUUUGGUUAAAGAUGAGCGCCAUAUACCCCAUUUCGACGCAGCGCUGUUGUACCUUGGAGCUGCAUCUACUUAUCGCAAUAGUAUCGGGCUGGACAAGUAUGAAGGGUUCAUGAACAAUACAAAUUACUUGCUGCCAUGGACCAUGGCACGGACGGCAGAUUUGGCACCCAAGGAGCCAUCAACAGCAACGGAAGCGAUUCAAACUCCAGCAGACUUGCGCAGCAAAAAACGUAAUCCAGCUUCCAAUGAUACUAAUCAUUACAGUGGGAGCGGAGAUGAAUCGAACAGGAAAGGGUUUAAUACGAAUGAAUGGCCCUUGCCAGGGAAAAAGCCUGAAGUAGCAAUCACUGAAAGCAGGACCAAGGCUGUUGUUCCGCCUGUCGCAAAUUUAGACGCAUUUCCUGUGCUGGGUUCUUCUCGUACUUCUACCGAGCCAAGCCCAGCUAUUGCCCAAGCUCCUCCUCAACAAGAAGUCAAGGUGGCGGACAAUCCUCCACCGCCACCAAAGAAAGAAAAGCGACGGCGCGAUGCCAAAAGAAAGGAUCGUGAACACAGAUUGGAUGGGUUAAUUCGUGGCUAUGUUGGCGCCGAAUAUGAGUGUCCUUUGGGACAUCGUUUCUUGAGUUGUGGCGACGGAAGAAUAUGCAAACUUGGACACAAGGGUCAUCCAAAGGAGCAUGCCAACUACUUUGUGCAUCAAGAUCUGCCGCUCUAUGUACUUUGUCCCUGUAAUUAUGCCAACGCUAACCCAAAGACAGCUGCUACGGGCGAUGUCACUGCUCAACUGCAACGUUGCUAUGCUGUUACACCCGAUGCAUCUAUUACUAUCUCGUUCAAACCAAGAGUAAAGAUCGUCAGCGCUUCUGGAGAAACGAUGGAAUUCAACAUGGGUGUCGACAAAGCAAUCAUUUUACCCAAAGAUAGUGUACACGUUUUCAGAUUACCAUAUAUUUAUCGAGACCUUUCUGGAAACCCAAUUCCAGUUGAACCCAAUAUUAGUAGACGACUCAAGAGUGCCAUGUUGAUGAAGGACUGUUUCCAAGUCCAUCCCCUACCUGGUGGCAGUAACAACGAUUGACAAGAGACCUGCUGAUAAUUCUUACCUUCAUACUUUUCUUUCUUCCUUAUAUUACUCUACAGUGGCCGAUUGUCCACUACUUGAAAGGGAAAGAAAAAUGGAAAAGGGAGAAAAACAAUUGCUGUUGGCCAACGAGAAAAAAAGGCACUUUCUUCGUUCUCCAGAUGGGUCGUGAUUAUCAACAACAUUCAAUGGUUGGUUCUCACCAAACAUUAUCUUCCUUCUUUCCUGUCUGGUACUCCCACUCUUAUUUCUCCCAACCAUUCUUCGUAAACUGUUCUAUUUUCUUUUUGCUGAUACUUGCUAGCUAAAGCAUGUUAUGCAAAACGGAUUAAUAAAAAGUCCAUUUCUUCUUA